AUGGUUCACUACAAGUUCACCUAUUUUGCUGUUCGAGGCAAAGGCGAAUUCAUUAGACAACUCUUCGCAUUGGCUGGAGUCGAAUUUGAAGAUGACCGUUUUUCUCUUGGACCCCUUGGACGAGCUGUGAGUCGUGAUAUGGAGAAAUGGGGUGAAUUGAAGAAAACAACACAUUUUGGUCAAUUGCCCGUGUUGAAAUUCGAUGGAAAGGAGCUCGCUCAAGCCAACGCGAUCGCCAAAUAUUUGGGCGCCGAGUUUGGCUUCAAUGGCUCAAAUCCAUAUGAAGCGGCUCUUCUCGACUCGAUCGGAAUUCAUUACGAUGAUCUCUUCAAAGCCUGUCGACCUUUCUAUUUAUCAUGGCAUCAAAUCAGCGAGCAGCCGAUGGAAGAGGCUUACAAAGUCGCCGUUGAACCUGGAAGAGACGAGUUCUUCCCACCAAUAUCCAAAUUUCUUCAAGAGAGCAAAUCGGGAUUUAUUGUGGGUGAGAAAGUUUCCUGGAUCGAUCUUCUCGUUGCCGAUCACUGUGAGACUUUCACCCGCUACAACUCUCAUUAUCUUGACAAAUAUCCCGAGGUAAAAGCUCACAUGGAAAAAGUUCACUCGAUCCCGGCAAUCAAGAAAUGGAUUCAGACCCGUCCGGACACCGAAAUU